CUGGGGGAGCCACCGGGCCUGGGCCUCUGGGGCGAGGCCGCUCACCCGGGCCGUCCUGGCGCAGAGUUCACUCUCCAGGCUGACUGGGACCACAAAGCGGGAACGCGGUGCUGGGAAUGCACUCUCAAGGCUUAGUUGCAAUUCCAGUUUGUUCCCCCAAAUCACUUAUGUUGAAGGCCUUGCUGAUUUCUCUUCAGCUCUGCAAAAUUGCUGCACCAUGGUAGGCCAGCAGAAACAUCAAUGGAUGGCCACAAGUGGCUCACAGAAAAUGCAAGAACCUCCAAAAAGCAUUGAAGAAUUCUUAAAGCUUCAAAACUGGGAUUGUUGGCCAAGGGAAAUCUGUUUUAAAGAUCAUGAUAAGUGGGUACACAUUAUGAAAACUAUAAAAGAAGAUAGUUCAUUUACUUCAAUUUAUUCAUAUCUAUGGAAAACUGUCCCUCGAAUAGAUGAGGCACACAUGUCGAUGGAGUCAAGAUUAAGUGACUGUUCUGUUCUUCUGAAAAACCAUGCAUCCAGAAUAUUUGAGUGGAAUGACAUGAUUUCCAAAGCAAGUGCUUACGAAAAACUGGGAAGAUACAAGACAUUUGUAAAGAAGUUUGAUAGGAAAAAGAAGAUAAUGCUUUCAGAUAUAAUGAUGACAAAGAAGAAUAUAGAGGGUUGUAACUUCCCAGGAUUCAAAACAAAUGAACUUACUCAGCUACCCAGACAUUUGGAUGCUGAACGAAUUUAUCUUUUUGUUUUACAAUCCCGAAACUAUGAUGAAAGAGUUUUUAAAACCUGGAAGAUGUAUUUUCUCUCAGAAGCCUCCAUUGCUCUUUUGCAUGACUCUUUUUGGUGGUGGUUUCUCCAUAAAUUUAAGCCUGACGGAGAAAAUCAAGAUUACUUAUUUAAUAGAAUUUCAGAAAGUUAUGUGAUACUUUUCGUGAGCAUACCUCUAAGUCGAAAGGAUACUUUCUUUCAGAUAUAUCCUGAUUGUUUGACACAAGCUAUCUAUGUAACAUUCCAGGAAGCAUUCCCAGAAUCUAGUGAGAUCUUUAAUGAUGAAUUUAAAGAAGAUAUAGGAAAUAACAUAUUUCUUUGGAUGUCAGGUUUAAAACCUCAAAGAGGCUUUUGGACCCAUUGGAAACUGAGAGAACUUUCCUCAACAACCAUACAUGGUAGCAAGAAAGCACCUACAAAAUCAAUAAAGCAAAAGAUCAUAAGCAGUCAAGAAACUAUGUCAUCCACUAUAGACUUCAAUACAGCAAAAAUUUUAAAGAAUCCAAGAGCAUAUACAACAUCCACAAUCAAGGAAGACUCAAAACCAACAAUAAAGUCUCAUUAUAUUAGCACUGGUCCAGAGUUUUAUCGUAUUCUCUUCAAUGUUGGAAGUCAGAGUCCACUAAUGCUACAUUAUCUUAAGAGGCAUAAUCUAACUGGGGUUUUCAAAGCCCUUAAACAAACCAAGAUUAAACUCACUGCAAUAUUCCAAGAACCAUCACCUGCUCCAACAUACUGUGAUAUUAUCAAGGAGGCAAAAAAACAAUUUGAAAGAAACUACAAGGAAUUUAGAAUACUCCAAGCAAAGGCUAUGAAGAAGCCUUAUGAAGUUCAGAGUGACUUCGAGAGGUUCCUACAAAAAUUGCGUUCUGAAGAAAGCAUGGAUUUAGAAUAUAUGACAUCACAAUCAUCAUCAUCAACGGAAUUCUACACAUUGGAGGAAGUAGAACACAGUGAGAAACCAGAAAUUAAUUAAAUUCAAGAAUAAUAGACACAAUUUUAUCAGUUUAAUUGUAGCAGUAUGUUUAUUUAAGUCAAGUCCAAUCCAUGUAUUUAGAAUGUUUUAUCAUUUAUCUUUAAAAAUCUCCCCAUCGACAGUCUCAGUAAAUCAUCCUUAAAAUACCUAA